UUGCAGGCCAACAGUCAACAAUGGCCGGCGUCGAGGCUAACGUUACACAACCUGCCCAGGUGGAAAUCUCCAAAACGGGCAGUGUGCCAACCGAAGGCUAUGAGAAGAAAUGUAUUUUCUGCAGGAUUGUAAACAAUGAACUGGGAACAGAGCUUCUUCACUGUGAUGAGGAAAUCUCAUGUUUCAGAGACAUCAAACCUGGAGCCCCUCACCAUUACUUGGUCGUCCCAUCCAAGCAUGUUGGAAACUGUAAAUCUCUCAGUAAAGAACAUGUGCCUUUGGUAAAGCGGAUGGUGGAGACAGGGAAAGAGAUCCUCCAGAAAAACAACGUAACAGACCUCAGCGAUGUCAGGUUUGGUUUUCAUUGGCCCCCAUUUUGUUCUGUCACACACCUACACCUCCACGUCCUGGCACCUGCCAGUCAAAUGGGCUUCAUGUCCCGCCUCUUCUACAGGCUCAACUCCUAUUGGUUUAUCACGGCAGAGCAGCUAAUUGAGCUCCUCAACUCUAAAGGAGAGAGCAACUGAUGAAGUGCUCUGGAAACAGUCGUUAUACUACCUGACUGCUUUCCGAGGGACGACAACAUCUCACUUCUAGCAGAUGUCAUUUUUGACAGUAGUCAUUAGUUGCUGUCUAUUUUGCUGUGGCCGAUGACAGUAUUUUAAACCAGUGACAUGAUUGUAAUGAUGGAUUACUUAGUUUUCCUCUUUGGUAUCAAAAUGUUUCAAAUUAAAUUUUCACAAAUGAAAAUUCAACUUUCUUCAACUUUCCUCUUUUACAGAAGAGGUGAAUUUAAUCUCCAUGCAUUCGUUUAAAAUGUAUGCAUGAACAAAAUGGACCAAGUACUAAAGCAUACAGUGAGUCUCAGGUCUAUUAAUAUCCAGAUAAGAUAUGGAAGGUUUUUUUUUUUUUUUUACUUAAAGGUGAUUCUCGAAGAACAAUAGAUGUUUCAAUAUUACUUUUAACAUCAGUUCGAAGCCAAACACACCAGAAUAACUGACAAAUGAUUUGAACUGUUUACAUGCAGGGAUGCCUUGAUGUUUUGCAGCUUUGAGGUCCUGCAUGUAGAGCUGAAAUUGUAUCGAACAGUCGUAAGAAAAAGCAGUUUGAUAUCGUAAUAUAUUGAUAGCCUAUGUGUACUCUGACUUCCUCAACUACUGCAUGUUCGGUCUUCUUACUGAAGGGAAUUUUGUGUCAUAGCUGAGAUCACUAACACUCAAAGCACAGAGAAACCUCAUCCUUCAUUAUUAAUGCGGCUCCUUUACAGCAGAAGCAACUACAUCAUCCUCUGAAGAAAGUAAUGAUGCUUGAUGUUUCUAACAAGCACUGAAACAUAGUGGUGUAUAGGCUGAUGUAUGUUAAUGUAUUAUGUGAAAAUGGUUAAUGUGAACUGACUGGUAAGCGUAUUAAGAAUAACUAUAGUAUUCAAUGCUAUGCUUUAUGUAUAAAGGAAUGUAAACAGAGAAGACCCUACUUAAUGUACUGUAAAAAAGUGUAUUCACUUUAUAAAUGAGUUUUAUUACAAUAAAUAAUGUAUUGCUGCUU